AGCAAGCGCAAAAAAAAAAAACGAAAGCAAGGACAUCAUUUCUACGUUUGGCUUAACGGCAGCGGCAGGGGUUUAGAGUUUGACUCAGAGCGGCUAGUAAGAAAGAGAAAACAAAGGAGAAGAAGAAGAAGAAGAAAAUGGGGAAGAAAACAAAGAAACCUGGCAAAGGCAAAGAGAAAACGGAGAAAAAAACCGCAAAAGCCGACGUGAAGCGAGCUCGCCGGGAGGAAAAAAAGCUUUCUCCCGAGGACGACAUCGACGCCAUUCUGUUGAAUAUACAAAAAGAGGAAGCUAAAAAGAAGGAAGUUCAUGUUGAAGACAAUGUUCCCGCGCCUUCUCCUCGCUCCAAUUGCUCGCUCACUGUUAAUCCAUUGAAAGAGACGGAGUUGAUUCUCUAUGGAGGUGAAUUCUACAACGGGAACAAGACUUUCGUCUAUGGUGAUCUUUACCGUUAUGAUGUUGAGAAACUGGAAUGGAAAUUGAUUUCGAGUCCUAAUAGUCCUCCUCCGCGCAGUGCUCAUCAGGCUGUUGCUUGGAAGAAUUAUGUUUAUAUUUUUGGUGGUGAAUUUACAUCUCCAAAUCAAGAGAGGUUCCAUCACUACAAGGAUUUUUGGAUGUUGGACCUGAAAACUAAUCAGUGGGAACAACUUAAUUUAAAAGGGUGCCCUGGUCCACGCUCGGGACAUAGGAUGGUAUUAUACAAGCACAAGAUUAUUCUUUUUGGUGGAUUUUAUGACACACUUAGAGAAGUGAGGUACUACAAUGAUCUAUUUGUAUUUGAUCUUGAUCAGUUUAAGUGGCAAGAAAUCAAGCCUAAGCCUGGAGCAAUGUGGCCAAGUGGGCGUAGUGGUUUUCAAUUAUUUGUUUACCAAGAUGAUAUUUUCUUAUAUGGUGGCUAUUCAAAAGAAGUUUCAUCUGACAAAAAUGCCUCUGAGAAAGGAAUAGUUCAUUCAGAUAUGUGGUCCCUUGACCCUAAGACUUGGGAAUGGAACAAGGUUAAGAAAAGUGGGAUGCCUCCUGGUCCUCGUGCAGGGUUUUCCAUGUGUGUUCAUAAGAGGAGGGCUCUGCUAUUUGGUGGUGUUGUGGAUAUCGAAGUUGAAGGUGAUGCAAUGAUGAGCUUGUUCUUGAAUGAGUUUUAUGGCUUUCAGUUAGACACCAACCGCUGGUAUCCUCUGGAGUUAAGAAAGGAUAAAUCAACAAAAGAUAAGUUAAGAAAGACUGAACAAAGUUGUACCAACGGCGUCGAGAAGAAGUUAGAAUCACUAGAGGAUUCAGAGUACGAAGAAAGCAGCAUUGAAAAUAUAUCCCAGGAUAUUGCGUCAAAGGUGACUGUUGCUGACAGUGAAACACUUUCCAAACCUGAAGGGAAGUCCAAGGAAUCUGGUGCUAAAUUGGACAUUCAGAGUUCUUUGCCUGAGGCAGUGAAACCCUGUGGACGGAUUAAUUCUUGCAUGGCUGUUGGAAGAGAUACAUUAUAUGUAUAUGGUGGCAUGAUGGAGAUUAAAGAUCAAGAAAUCACUCUUGACGACUUGUAUUCUCUGAACCUUAGCAAACUUGAUGAAUGGAAGUGCAUUAUACCGGCAUCAGAAUCUGAAUGGAUGGAAGUUUCGGAGGGUGACGAUGAUGAUGAAGAUGAUGACGACGAUGAUGAUGAAUCUAAUAGCGAUGGUACAAGUGAGGAGAACGAAGAUGAUGAUGAUGAUGAUGAAGAUGAGGUUCAGAAUACAUCAGUUCAGGUGGGAGAUGCUGUUGCUUUAAUCAAGGGAGGAGUAAAGAAUCUGCGUAGGAAAGAUAGAAGGUUACGGAUAGAGCAAAUCAGAGCUAGCCUUGGCCUGUCAGAUUCACAGAGAACACCAUUGGCAGGUGAAUCGUUGAGAGAUUUCUACAAGCGUACAAAUUUGUAUUGGCAAAUGGCAGCCCAUGAACACACUCAGCACACUGGAAAAGAACUCCGCAAAGAUGGUUUUGAUCUUGCAGAAUCUCGAUACAGGGAGCUAAAACCUAUUCUUGAUGAGCUGGCUUUAUUAGAAGCUGAGCAGAAAGCUGAAGAGGCUGAGGGGCCUGAGAUUAAUGCAAAGAAAAGAGGCAAGAAGAAAACUAGAAAUUGAUAAUUCUAAUGCAACUCUCCCUUGAGGCUAGGGUAUCACAGUGAAUGAAGUAAUUUGCAAAUUUUGUUUUAGUAUAUGAUAGUACUUGCAUCUGCUUGAAGUUGAAAUUGAGUUUUUGGCUGUUGUAUGUAUUUCCUUAUUUAUCAUGAAGUCAUUAUUAGAUUUGAGCCUCGUUAAUAAUAAUGAAUCUGAUGAUAAAAUGCUUUAUGGGAA